AAAAAUAUUGAAGAAUGGAAAUAUUGUAACAAUUGCAGGAAAUGGAAAGCAGGGAUAUGGUGGUGAUAAUGGUCUUGCAACAAGUGCACAACUCAAUUAUCCAUCGGGUGUCUUUGUUUCAACAAACAAUGAAGUUUUUAUUGCCGACAAAAAUAAUAAUAGAAUUAGAAAAAUAGUGAAGAAUGGAAAUAUUGUAUUAAUUGCUGGAAAUGGACAGACAGGAUGUGGAGGUGAUAAUGGAUCAGCAACUAGCUCACAACUCUAUUAUCCUCAAAGUGUCUUUGUUUCAACAAAUAAUGAAAUUUGUAUUGCUGACACUUUCAAUCAUAGAAUUAGAAAAAUAGAGAAUGGAAGGAUUGUAACAAUUGCUGGAAAUGGACAGCCAGGGUAUAGUGGUGAUAAUGGUCCUGCAACAACUGCACAGCUCCAUCGUCCAUACAGCGUGUUUGUUUCAGCAAAUAAUGAAGUAUAUAUUGCAGACACUUUCAAUCAUAGUAUUAGAAAAAUAGAUGAGAGUGGAAAUAUUGAAACAAUUGCUGGAAAUGAACAGCCAGGAUAUGGUGGUGAUGGUGGCUAUGCAACAAAUGCACAGCUCAAUCAUCCAUCAGGUGUUUUUAUUUCAACAAAUUAUGAAAUUUAUAUUACUGAAACGAACAAUCACACAACGAGAAAAAUAUUGGAGAAUGGAAAUAUUAUAACAAUUGCUGGAAAUGGAAACGAGGACAUGGAG